AGUACUAUAUAAUACAAGGUUCAUUGACUGCAAGAACAAAAGACUAGUUACAUCAAGAGGUCUACUAAGUACUCUAGUAAUCUUUUCUUUAAACACAACCAAUUAAUUAUACAAACAAAUUGUGUAACUAUGGAAAUGAAGCGCAGCUAUUCAAUUCUGAUACUUGUGCAAUUUUUAUGUUUUAGUCUUAACACCAAUCUUUCCCUCGGAGGGGACACCAUUUCUGCCAAUGAAUCUGUUUCAUCAGGCCAAACAAUUAUCUCUUCGGGUGGGAACUUUGAACUUGGUUUCUUCAGACCAGGUACCUUUUUUAAAUAUUACAUAGGCAUAUGGUACAAGAAACUAUACCCGCAAACAGUAGUUUGGAUAGCGAAUAGGGAUAAACCACUUGACGAUGCUGAUGCUAACUUGAUAAUUAUUCAAGGCAACCUGGUGCUUCUCGAUAAACUUCAAAACUCAAUUUGGUCAGCACUUGCUGGCAACAUCAAUCGAAAUACUUCAGUAACUGCAGUUCUUCAUGACGAUGGCAAUUUGAUUUUUAGUGAUAUAUCAAAUUCAUCAACACCCUUAAUACUUUGGCAAAGUUUUGAUUACCCAAUGGACACAUUUUUGCCUGGUGCUAAGCUUGGUUAUGGCAAACUUACAAAAAGAAAACAGGUUCUGAUUUCAUGGAAGAAUUUGAACGAUCCGGCACCAGGUUUAUAUUCUCUGGAAAUGGACCCAAAGCAUGCUCAAUUUGUUAUAAAAUGGAAUAGGACUACAGAGUAUUGGGCAAGUGGUUCAUGGAAUGGCCAAAGAUUCAGCUCAGUGCCUGAGAUGAGGUUAAACUACAUAUUUAAUUACAGCUGUACCGACAAUGAGAAUGAGUCAUAUUUUACAUAUUCCCUUUACAAUAGUAGUACAAUCACAUCAAGAUUGAUCAUGGAUCUCUCAGGACAAAUUAUGCAACAAACAUGGUUGGAUGGUAGCAUUGAUUGGAAUCUAUUCUGGGCUCAACCAAGAGAACCUUGUGAGAUUUAUGCUAAAUGUGGGGCAUUUGGAGUUUGUGAUAAUGCUAAUGCAUCCUGCAAUUGUUUGAGCGGUUUCAAGACAAGAUCAGAUAGAGAAUGGAAUUCUAAUGAUUAUUCCAGUGGCUGUGUUAGAGACCAAAAGGUGCAGUGUAAUGCAAUUACUGAAGACAAGAAUAGUUUUUGGAUGAAUUCAAUUAUGAAAUUACCUGCUUCUCAAGAUACUAAUUUCACAGUUGGGGAAGCCUCACAGUGCAGAUAUGCAUGUUUCAACAAUUGCUUUUGCAAUGCUUAUACCUAUGAUGGUUCUGGUACCUGUUCAAUUUGGACUGGGGAACUGUUCAAUCUGCAACAACUCAGCAAAACUGAAACAGGAAGGACCAUCUUUGUCAAACGUGGCUCAACUGAAGCUCAAACUAAAGCUAAGAAUUCGAUGAAGCUAAAAACAAUCCUUUCAUCCAUAACAGCUUUGAUGUUUCUACUCAUAGGCAGCUUUAGCUACAUUUACUAUAGAAGAAGAACGGCAAAAAGAGCAGAUACAAGAAAAGGUACUCAGGGGGCACACACAUCUCACUGGCACAAUGUUGAAGGAGAAGCAAAAGUAUUGAUGAAUGAAAAUAAUGAUGAAGUUGUUGAUGUCCCAUACUUUCACUUGGAGACCAUUUUGGCAGCUACAGACAGCUUCUCAAAUGCAAAUAAGCUCGGACAAGGAGGAUUUGGUCCUGUGUACAAGGGUAUCUUUCCAGGUGAAAGAGAAAUUGCAGUCAAAAGGUUAUCAAGUCAUUCAGGACAAGGCAUAGAUGAAUUUAAGAAUGAAGUGACUCUAAUUGCAAAGAUUCAACAUCGAAAUCUGGUGAAGCUAUUGGGUUUUUGCAUCAAUGCAACGGAACAGAUAUUACUUUAUGAAUAUAUGCCGAAUAAAAGUUUAGAUAUAUUCAUAUUUGGUAAGUUAGAAUUAAUAAGUUAUUUAUUAUCAAAGUCAUAUGUUUCUUAUAAUGGUCUAAUUUUAUUGACAUCACCAAACUUUGUCGUGGUGAUGAUGCAAGACGGGACACUUUGUCAAUCACUAGACUGGAAGAAACAUUAUGACAUCAUAUUGGGCAUUGCGUGGGGUCUUGCUUAUCUUCAUCACGAUUCACGACUAAGGAUCAUUCAUAGAGAUUUAAAAACAAGUAACAUUUUAUUAGAUGAGGAGAUGAAUCCGAAAAUUUCAGAUUUUGGCUUGGCAAGGAUUGUCGAAGGAAAAGGAACAGCAGCAAAUACAAAUAAAAUGGUGGGAACCUAUGGUUAUAUGUCUCCUGAAUAUGCACUGAACGGAUUGUUUUCCAUCAAGUCAGAUGUAUUCAGUUUCGGAGUAGUCGUACUUGAGAUAAUUAGUGGAAGAAGGAAUACGGGAUUUUAUCAAUCAGAAGAAGCCUUAAACUUGUUGGGCUAUGCAUGGAGAUUGUGGAUAGAAGAUAGGGUGAUACAAUUAGCAGAGAAGUCAUUACUUGAAUCAUGCAAUAAAAGUGAAGAGAUAAAGUUUAUCAAUGCGGCACUCUUGUGCGUACAAGAAGAUUCAAAUGACCGCCCUAACAUGUCAGAUAUCAUUGUAAUGUUGGUAGGAGAAAAUAUGUGUCUUCCUAGACGUAAUCGGCCAGCUUUUGUAAUGAGAACACACACUUCUAGCACAUCGUCUUCUUCCUCCAAAGUCUCUAACAAUCAAGUGACAAUGUCUCUAACAAUCAAGUGACAAUCACAAUAGAAGGAGGACGAUAGUCAAAGGCGGAGCCAGUAUUUUUAUUUUAUGGAUUCUAGACUACAAUAUAUUUUGCAUACUGCGUUAUGAAGAUCAUUUGUACAUAAUAAAUGUAUUUUAACACAAAUACAGAGUUUGAACUAAA